CGCGCGUCGACGCGCGUCGACGGCGCGACGCGAGGCGAGGCGAACGCGAUCGUCGAGGCCGCGCGCGUCGACGCGCGCGUCGCGAGCGUCGGCGCGGCGUCGCGCGACGCGGCGAGGGACGUCGCGAGCGUUGGGUGUUACGCGCGCGCGAGCGGCGACGCGAUGACGCGCGAGGGCGACGACGGCGCGGCGGCGUGGCCGCGACCGAGCGCGACGUUGGUCGCGGUGGGAUGCGCGGCGCUGGCGCUGGCGUGCCUGGGCGACGGGACGAGGGUGGCGACGAGCGGAUUGCUGGGAGGGGCGUCGACGACGGCGCGCGGCGACGCGGGACGGGAGCGCGUGCUCGACGACGUGCCGUUCGAGGAUGAUCACGUGCGACUGGUGGUGCCGAGAGUGGAGCGAGAUAUCGCGGCGGAGGAACUGCGGGGGGAGGUGUCGUGGACGCGAGCGGCGACGACGGGGGUGUUCGACGCGAGGGCGAACGGCGGCGCGAGCGCGACCAACGGAACGGAGUAUCGUCCCGUGGCGACGUACGCCGCGCUCGGGCGCCGACGGCAUCACGGCAGAAAACAUCAUCGAUACGAUGAUGACGAGGAAGAACUGGCGUACGAGACGAAAGGGGACGAUUUCGAGCUUCCCGAGUUGUCCUCGGUCGAGCCCAAGGAUUCGAAAAAGAAGGAGACGGAGACGUUCGGCGGCGAGCUCACCGCGAGUGAGGUCGAGUCCAUCUUGGACAAGCUCCGAGCGCAGUCGCAAGCUUUAGAAACGGGAUCAGACGCGACGAGUAGUUUAGGGGCAAAAGAAGCGUCGACGCCCGGCGAGCAGAUUGACGAGCUCGAGAAGACGCUUGCGCGGGGCUCGUCUAAUGCCGCGAACGAGAUUAAGACUAAGAAGAGCUCGCUCUUGAGCUCGAUCGAAGAAACGUCGAAAGAUUUGGUUGAAGAGUUAGAUUCGGUACCGGCACAAACGUACAAGCUCACGUUUCCGUCGCCCAAAGCUCCGUCGAAAGAUGACAAGGCGCGCGACGAGACGUCCACCGCUGACGCGGAUGCGCAACCUGAAGCAAACUCUGAAAUUUCGAGACAGAUUUCGAGCAUGGCAAAGGGCGAAUCGGAUGCUGGAGAUGCCGCGUUCCUCAAAUCGUUGAUCGAAGAUCCGGAAACAUCGGAGUUGAUGUCGGAAUCGAUGUCUUUAUCGUCGGCCCAGCCUACGUCGAAAGCGCCGACGCCGUCGAACACGCCGCUAACGCCGUCGCCGGCGACGGAUGCGACGGUUUUGGGUGAUAAUGGGACGACGACCUCGCCUGUUGACAUACCGACCAAGCCAGCCAUUCUGCCAGACGUUGUGCGCGCGACUGGCGACGUUGCUAAGAAUACGACAACGUACGACGACGCGUCAGAUGGAAGCUCCCACGAAGAUUUGGAGUACGGCGAAGGCUCUGAAGUCGCGCCGAACUCAAAACACGACGACGCAGAAUCGAAAUUGACAGAAACGGCGCAGACGGGAGAACCUGCGAUCGAGUACAAGAAGAAAAUCGAUACGACAAACGACAUAAACCUAUACGAGAACGCGUUGCGAGGCGAGGCGCACCCUGAGCGAUCUUGGGCACAGAAGGGUCUGAAACCCGCGGACGAGAGCGUUCUGACGGAAGAAAACAUCAAGCAGAACGAAUUAGCGGAAGACCAGUCGCUCACAGUUGAUUUUCUCAAUCGUUUCCCGGUACAAUUGCCUAAAUCGGAGCGAGAGACACAAAAUUGGAGGCGUUAUCAAAAAUUGCGAACGCGCGCCGGCGCGAAGUCGGCGGAGGAGCAGUCGGAAGAGGACCGAGAAACGGUGGAGAGAGUCACCGCCGCCGCGGUUGAGCUCGUUCGCGCGGAAAAGAAGGGCGAAGAUGACCGUAAAGAAAAAUCGUGGAGAGAUGUGGUGUUUUCUCUGUACUUCAUGGGCCCGCUUGGUUUCGUAGCAUUCGUCAGCGUGUUUUACGCCGUCGUCGUGCUCGUGGUGAGGAAAAGUAAAAAGUCGCCCUCGAAGACCGGUACCGAUCCCGAUGACGACGAGGCUUUUGAUAAGUUUCUUCGCGACGUGACUGUGACAAAGUCAAAGACUCACACGAGACGAGAGAGCGACGGUGGAUUGGCGUCCUUCCUGGGCUUUGUCAAGAAGCGAGUCGACGACGUGGAUGAGUUUGCAAAGUACGCUAGCGCUCGAUUACAGCGUACCGUGGACGAAGAUGGUGAGGAUGAUGUCGACGAAGAAAAGGUGUGGCAUCAAUCCACGGUAAGCGCAUCGGGUUUGGAAUCGACCUCCAUCUCUGGAACCUCGACGCCACGCGCGUCGACGUCGGCGUCGUCGCCGAAUCGAGUCAAUCACGAUCCCGAUCGCGUCUUGGAUAAAGCGGUGGUGAAUCGAAGUUUGCAGUCGAUUCGUACGCGUGAGCUUUCAUCGCCCGAACGCAUACGAAACGUGCGCUCGCGUGCGGGGACGGCGGAUCCGUCGCCGGCGACGACUCCUCGCGAAACAUCGUAUCUAACGCAACAAACCAUCGAUAGACUCGAGCCGGAACGACCGAAGCAACGGCAGCCGCAGUCGGAUCAGGAACCACCGCAACGUGAACAGCGUGAGCGGCAAUCGUCGCGAGCGAAGGCGAACAAACCGUCACCGCAAGUGUAUCGCUCGCUCUUCCCUAGGGAACAAACCGAGCCGCCUCCCGCGCCGCCGCGCCGCCCCGGAGACGCGCCGCAAAUAGUGCGUUCGAUGACGACUAAAUUCUACUAGAUUAGAUUACG